CGGGAGGAAGGGGCGGGAAAGCAGAGGGAGAACAGCGCGCUGGCUCGCUCUCUCUCGCUCCGCUUUCACGCCGGCGGCGUCGCGCUAAGAGGAGUGUGCUUCUGUCGGUCGCCGCGUCUCUAGAGGGAGUUGGGAAGGGAUGCUGAGGGAGCCGGUGCGGCUUCCGUUCUCACUCCAGUCUUGGCAUCCAGGAGCUCCCUCCGACUUCUUGGCCAGACUAUGAAAUGAUCAUUCUUGCUCGUCUCGGAGUCGCCGUCGCCUGGACGCCUUUCCCACCGCGCGCAAUUUGGGCUAAGGACCGCGCAACCCACCUGAGGUGGAGCCCCGGCUGUGUUUACCGGCCAAGCCUGGGCGGUUGAAGCAGAAGCAGCGCCGCAACGGUCGGGCAAGGGACUCUUGCGGAGGGUCGCUUUGGUCGCCAAGUGGGGCUUGAACUGCUGCAAGGAGCGGGGCGGGGAGACCAGCACUCUCUGCCCUGCUCUGAGGCCAAGCGGGGGAGCGCAGCGCUCCGCAAGCGGGUGGCGGGCUGGUGUCCGCCGCGACUGCUCCCUCCCCGUCGGAAAGUCGAGAGGGCCGGGAGGACGAGAGCUCACGGAGGAACCGCCGCCACCGCGGCCGCCGCGAAGGAGGUGGAGAACGGCGGGAAGGGCUCGAGCUGGACUCGGGCUUCGAGGGCUCUUGGCUUCGAGUCGUUUUCCUCCGAAGCAGCCAUGGGGAAAGGGCUGGAAGCCGCCGCUGCCCGCUAUGGACUGGGACUGGGAUACUUACUGCAGAUGGUCGUAUUGCCCGCUUUGGCUAUCCUGAGUGCCAGCAGCCCCGGUUCGGCUGCGCAAGAUGAUGAUUUUUUUCAUGAGCUCCCAGAGACCUUUCCUUCUGAUCCCCCAGAACCUCUUCCUCAUUUUCUCAUUGAGCCUGAAGAAGCUUACAUUGUCAAGAACAAGCCUGUGAACCUUUACUGUAAAGCCAGCCCUGCCACUCAGAUCUACUUCAAAUGCAACAGCGAAUGGGUUCAUCAGAAGGACCAUAUUGUAGAUGAAAGGGUGGAUGAAACCUCUGGACUCAUUGUUCGAGAGGUAAGCAUUGAGAUUUCACGGCAACAAGUUGAAGAACUCUUUGGACCUGAAGAUUACUGGUGCCAAUGUGUGGCUUGGAGUUCCGCAGGCACAACCAAGAGUAGGAAGGCCUAUGUCCGUAUUGCAUAUUUACGGAAAACUUUUGAACAGGAACCAUUAGGAAAGGAAGUAUCUUUGGAACAAGAAGUCCUACUCCAGUGUCGCCCACCUGAAGGAAUCCCAGUGGCUGAGGUUGAGUGGCUGAAAAAUGAAGAGGUGAUAGAUCCUGUUGAAGACCGAAAUUUUUAUAUCACUAUUGACCACAACCUGAUCAUAAAGCAAGCACGUCUCUCUGAUACAGCCAAUUAUACUUGUGUUGCCAAAAAUAUUGUGGCAAAAAGGAAGAGCACCACUGCUGCUGUCAUUGUCUAUGUCAAUGGUGGAUGGUCAACUUGGACAGAGUGGUCAGUAUGUAACAGCCGUUGUGGAAAAGGCUCUCAGAAGCGUACAAGAACAUGUACCAAUCCAGCACCACUGAAUGGGGGAACCUUCUGUGAAGGCCAGAAUUUACAGAAAAUACCUUGUACUACAUUAUGUCCAGUGGAUGGGAGGUGGACAGCAUGGAGUAAAUGGUCCACAUGUGGAACAGAAUGUACCCACUGGCGCAGGAGGGACUGCACCGCACCAGCACCCAAGAACGGCGGCAGAGACUGUGAGGGCCUUGUCUUGCAGUCCAAGAACUGCACAGAUGGGCUGUGUAUGCAGAGUUUCAUUUACCCUAUUUCAACUGAACAGAGAACCCAGAAUGAAUAUGGAUUUUCUUCUGCUCCUGAUUCGGAUGAUGUCGCUCUCUACGUUGGCAUUGUGAUAGCUGUGAUUGUGUGCUUGGCUAUUUCGGUAACUGUUGCAUUAUUCAUCUACCGGAAGAACCAUCGAGACUUUGAGUCAGAUAUUAUAGAUUCAUCAGCACUAAAUGGCGGAUUCCAGCCUGUAAAUAUAAAAGCUGCAAGACAAGAUCUCCUAGCUGUACCUCCUGACCUUACUUCUGCAGCAGCUAUGUAUAGGGGCCCGGUUUAUGCCUUGCAUGACGUCUCUGAUAAAAUUCCAAUGACCAACUCUCCAAUUCUGGAUCCACUGCCCAACUUGAAGAUCAAAGUUUACAAUAAUUCUGGUGCAGUCACACCCCAGGAUGAGCUGUCCGAUUUCUCAUCCAAACUCUCUCCACAGAUUACUCAAUCCCUACUGGAUAAUGAAGCAUUAAACAUUAAAAACCAGAGCCUUGCACGGCAAACAGAUCCAUCGUGCACUGCUUUUGGGACCUUCAAUUCUCUUGGAGGUCAUCUGAUUGUACCGAAUUCAGGAGUAAGUUUGCUGAUUCCUGCGGGGGCGAUUCCUCAGGGGAGAGUUUAUGAAAUGUAUGUGACGGUUCACCGAAAGGAGAACAUGAGGCCACCAAUAGAAGAUUGUCAAACCCUUUUGACCCCUGUAGUAAAUUGUGGGCCUCCAGGAGCAUUACUAACUCGGCCUAUCAUUUUAACGAUGCACCACUGUGCAGAACCAAACACCGAAGACUGGAAAAUUCAGUUGAAGAACCAAGCAGCCCAGGGACAAUGGGAGGAUGUAGUAGCAGUUGGAGAAGAAAACUUCACUACUCCAUGUUAUAUCCAGUUGGAUCCAGAGGCGUGCCAUAUCCUCACAGAAACUCUUAGCACCUAUGCCUUAGUAGGGCAGUCAGUCACCAAAGCAGCCACAAAACGUCUGAAGCUGGCCAUAUUUGGGCCACUGAUCUGCUCAUCCUUGGAAUACAACAUUCGUGUCUACUGUCUGGAUGACACCCAAGAUGCCCUUAAAGAAGUGCUGCAGUUGGAGAGGCAAAUGGGUGGACAAUUAUUGGAGGACCCAAAGGCUUUACAUUUUAAGGGUAGCACUCAUAAUCUUCGUUUAUCUAUUCAUGAUAUUACUCAUUCCCUAUGGAAGAGUAAACUACUAGCAAAAUACCAGGAAAUUCCCUUUUACCACAUCUGGAGUGGAUGUCAAAGAAAUUUGCAUUGUACCUUCACCCUAGAAAGAUUCAGCCUGAACACGCUGGAGUUGGUAUGCAAACUCUGCAUACGGCAAGUUGAAGGAGAGGGACAAAUAUUCCAACUCAACUGUGUGGUAUCUGAGGAACCUACUGGCAUUGAAUAUCCACUUACAGAUCCAGCAAGUACCAUUACAUCCAUAGUAGGACCCUGCGCAUUCAGCAUCCCUCUUCCUAUCCGUCAGAAACUUUGCAGUAGCCUAGAUGCUCCUCAAACAAGAGGCCAUGAUUGGCGGAUGUUGGCCCACAAAUUAAAAUUGGACAGGUACCUCAAUUAUUUUGCUACAAAAUCAAGUCCCACCGGUGUGAUCUUAGACCUUUGGGAAGCUCAAAAUUUUCCCGAUGGAAAUUUGAGCAUGCUGGCCACCGUCCUUGAAGAGAUGGGAAGACACGAGACAGUGGUUUCAUUGGCAGCAGAAGAAAAGUACUGAACUGACCUUGGAAUGAGAAUGAAGGAAUGUUCACCAUCAUGUCAGCUGUGACAAACACAAACCAAGCACCCCCAAACCAAUGUAUUUCAUAGCCAGAGGCAUUCCAGAGGGACAAGACAUAGAAUCCUGCCUUUUCACAUGCAUCCUUUUUGUAUAUUAUCACAGGAUUUGAAAGAAAUCAUGCAAAGUUGUUACCUUUAUAAUAUAAUUCAACCUAACAUUCCUCUCAGCUUGGCUGUACACUGCUUAGUGCAGGAUUUUACAGUUUCCUAGGAAACGCUUUUUAUUGCUAUCCAGAUAUAUGGAUAAACUUUCUUAACAAUCCCAGUUUCUAUGAACGUUGUUUACAUCAAAUCCUGGGCAGCAGGAUGGAAAUGACUGUCCAUGGCUAUCUUUUUAUAUAUUAUUUUUCUUCUUUUGUUGAAAGCCAUUCUACACCAAGCUGUGGACAAAGCAGGGUUGUGGCUAUUUUCUGAUAAAUCAGUCUCCAACACACAUUUAAGACAAUUUCAUAAUUGCAAAUCUGCCCAUUAGAUGUCUUAAAAUAACCUACCUAUUCUAAGAUUGAGUUAAGAGAGAAUUCUAAACGUGCAACUGGCAAGAAAAAUAAUCUGAAAGCUGAUCAGGUAUGCAUGUAUCUCUCUACCUUCACCAAGGUAGCUUGUGUCCCUUGGUGACUUCAACUGCAGGGAUUCCCCCUCCUCCUCACCCCCCCAGCUUACAACAUGCCCUGCCUUCAUCUUUAAAGUGUAUGUAAGACAGAGAGAGAAAGAGAAAGAGAGAGAGUUUGGUGUGCUUUGAGACAAAGAAUCCUCCCUAAAAAGAAAAAGAAAAAAAGUUGCUUGUACGAUGUCUGUAACUGAAUAGUAUCUAGUAUAAAUAAUAUUAUAUUUCUUUUAGUGGUAUUAUUUUUGUUUACCAAAAUUAUCUACAGCAUUAACCAUUUGAGCAAUGGCAGCACCCUCCCUGGAAACUGAUGAUGGCUGCCAUGGGCCUUCUAAUCCUUUUAAGAGGUAGAUUCUUCCCCCUUUUCUCCUGGCCCUGGAGCUCCCCCUCCUGCCCCCCUCCCAAUCAAUUUCAGUGAACUGGUGCAUGAAUUACUAUCAUGCAAUACACUUUCUCCUGACAAGUUUUCUUUUACAGAUGGGUAACAGUGCAUUCAUCUUGAUAAGAGAAUUCGGCCUAGAUGGAUUAUUUUACACAAACAAGAUGUUUCACAAUAAACACUGCAUGUUGCCCUUGUUUAUUUAGUAGGUUUGACAUUAAAUAUGCCUUUUUUCUUUGCUGUAAGCCAUCAAAACUUCAUGCAUGUCCAUGGGACCUUGAUUAAUUUUCUGGUGUCUUAACAUUAACAAACAAUCUGUUCUAUGUAUAUCGCUCCAUAUUGCUAUUCUUUUAGAGAGAAAUGUUCCUUCAGAUACUGGUUUUUAUUCAAACAUGAAAAAGUAUUUUGUGCAAGUAAUUGCAAAGUUUGAAGCUAAAGGAUAUGAUAAUUUAAUUUGUGUGUUUCAGAUUUAUUGUUGAGAAUAGAAACAUCUAUGCAUUGUUGAGUUUAAAGUACUUGAGUUGGGUCCUGUUUUACAUCUUUGGUGUCUUGGAGAAGAUUUGAUGGCCUAUUAGCAAAUGAAACUGGUAAUUGUUCAAGCUCAUAUGAAACUUGGGUACAUUUUUCUGUUACAAAAAAAAUACUAUGGCAUUUUGUUUCUAGCCUUCCCUUUCAUUUUUCUCCCUUCCCAUUUUAAAAAAUGUUAUUUUGCCAUCUUCACUUGCUUAAGAUUCUGUAUACUGUGUGUAUGUGCUUGUAAUAUUUCCUGUGAAGGUUCUCAGAUCUGCAUUUCUAAAAGUAACCAUGGAAAUACUGUUGGUUAGCAAGAAAGGUGAAUUUUGCCUGACCUUUUCUUCAUUUUGACAUUUCCACAAAGUUUUAUUAUACAUCCAGUGACUAUGCUUUUAUUAAACACAGAGCACCAUUCAUAAAACAUUCCAUUAGGAAACUCAGACAUUCGUCUUUCAGUAAUCAGAAACAGUAACAGGUUUUGAUCAAAGUUAAUGUGGGUUUUGUUUUUAAAAUGUAGUUAACAUUUGGUCAUGGAACGUCCUAGUUGGGCUUUAAAAUUAACUUUUGAUCUGGUACAGUUGCCUUCUUGUGUUCAGUCAGGUUCUUCAAAAGUUAAAUGCAACAACCAUUGAAUUUAGAUGACUUCUAAUCUCUCUUUCACACAUCUGUCUGUCUGUAGCUAUUUAGCUAUCAUAUAUCUAUCCAUCUAUCAUCUAUGUCUAUCAUCUGCCUAUCUAUAUCUGUCUAUCCAUAUGUCAUCUAUAUCCUCUAUCUCUUAUCUACCCGUCUAUAUCUAUCUAGCAUUUAUCUCUAUCCAGCAUCCAUCUCUAUUAGACAUCUUCUGUCUGUCUAUCUAUCUCUGUCAUCUGUCUAGUUUCAGUUUUGCUAUCAUUGUCUAACAAUCCUGUCAAACAUAUUCAUUAAUAAAUGAUCUAUGUGAUUUUUUUUAAAGUACCCAUACAAAAAAAUAGCUAUCAUGUGAAAUGAGGUAGGUCUGAUACCAUACAGGUGCAGAGAAAAAAGUGGAUAUCUAAAAGAGGCUGAUGCAGCCACAGUUUUCUCUCUCUGCCUAGACAUUUCAUCUAACAAACCAGAGGGUUAUUAAAAGGAAAGCUAUCAUUUUAAAUCAUACACAUAUUUUCAUUAGCUGGUCUAAUUUUUUUAAUUGGACCAUUAUCAAGAAUUGGCAAGAUGGUGCCUAUUAGCUGAAACCUCAAAUAAAAAAUAAAACUUGCCAGUUUUUAACAAAUUUUUAACCAAUUCUCUCAAGAUCUACAAUGCUUUUGCAUUUUUAUUUUUAAAAUAUUUAUUUAUACUUUUUUAAAAAUAGUAAUACCACACAAAUUUUUACCAUGAUAAAAAGUGUCUGAAAAGUCAUUUUCUGCAGUCAGCUUUAGCUACAGUACAUGCAAUGAAUAGUAAAUAUACACAUGUAUAGACACCCUGUCUGUAAAUUUGAAAAGACAAACAACAUGAAUUCCUACUUUAAAGUAGCCCUUUUCAAACCAUCUUGAAAAACGUGUCUGGCUGAAAUGCGUAUAGAAUGUGCAUGAUUAUAGGGAUGUGUGUGCAUUUGUGUAUAUAUAUAUACUUACAAUCCAUCAAUGCACAGCAAACUAGGAAAUACACCUAUCGUCACAGUUGUUCUGAUAUAGAUCAAAGGUUUUUAAGUUACUGUAAAGCAGUUAUGGGGGGAAAAAGCAUAGACUGUUCUGAAUUAAGGCAUGUGCAGUAGAUGAGUAUGGCCAAAUAACCUUCAAGUUGCCCUGUAGUUUAAAGUACUUAGAGUUAAUCCCCAAGACAGAGCUUGAAACACACUUCAUAUUUAAAUAGGAAACAUUCCUGAAAAAUUAAGUUUGUAGAAGCAGAAAGAAUGGAGGAGUUUAUAAGAGAAAACAGAUUCUAAGUUUGAAUAUGCUUGAGCCUACUGCCAUCUAGUGGCUUACUAUGCCAUCUAAAUGCAUUUUAGAAAAAUUGAAAACCAGUUUUUGUCUUAGCAUUGAAUGUAAUUUUGUUAUCCUUUCCUUGAUAUUAUUUUAACUAUAUUGAGAUCUAGUAGUAAGUUCUUUACGAGGUACAUAUGUUUAUUUGUGACCUAUAGAAAAAAUCAGGACUAUCUGGUACAACAUCCCACUUAAGGUUCUAGAGACUUUGGGUACCUAUUAAAGGAAUUUGUAAGUUUUCCCGCCUUUGUAGAAUUCUGCAGAUGUGUCUAUUGUGCAUACAGGUAUACACAAUAUAUAGGUAUUGUGUAUUCAGGUCCUCACAGUGAUAUAUCAAGUGCUAGCGAUAGAAGUAAAAUAUAUAAAUACUAUACCUAUACAGUUAUAUAAAGGUAACUAAAUAUAUUUAAAACAUUUUAGUUUUUUCUCUUUUUUAAAGUCCUAUAAUGAAAAAGCAUUUAAGGGUGUUUGAUGGUUUGUUUUUUGGUUUAUGUUUCUAUAUUUUCUUGUCAUUCUUUUCUUGAGAAAUCUCAAAAUAUUCAUAUGAAGUGAAUUAUAUAUUCAUGCGGCUAGAAUAUAUGAAUGUAACUCAUUCUCAAAUAUUACUGGAAUGCUUAGCAGUAACUUCCUUUUUUGGUGGAUGCACAAAUAAUAUGUAUUUCUGCACAAUUCAUUGAAUUUUAUGUUACCAUUAGAUUAUGAUCAAGAGAUAAUUAAUUGUGCAGCUUUGCAUCCACUGCUUGAAUGGAGGAAAACUUAACAUAAUAUAACAUUCAGUCAUGAGGAAGAGGGAAUCUGACAUAUAAAUGUAUGGGCUUGAUUUGCGUAGUACACUUAUCUAGAUCAGUUAAAACAGAGGUCCCCAACCUUUUGAGCAUCAGGGACUGGUUAUGUGGAAAGAAGUUUUUGCACAGACCGGAGGGGAUGUGGUUUUGUGUGCUGCCUGCAUCCCACGGAUGGAGCUUUCCUUUUUUGUGUGGACCGGUUGCUGGCAUGCCGCAGCCCGGUACUGGUCCACAUACCAGGGGUGGGGACCCCUGAGUUAAAAGAUAUAGCUGCUGCAUUUAUGUAACAUGCUAAGUUUGGAUAUGUUAGACUAUAGUCCAGUAUGUUCCUUGAACUCAGCCUAUAUUGUAGGAAAUGUGUAAGAUGUGAUUCAAUUCAAUUUAAUUCACCAUCCACAUUGAGCAUAUUGUGUGAAGUGUGGCUGUGCAAAUACUGACAUAAUGUUUAGAAUUUCUGCCGUGAACUAGUUUCAUAGAUAUCAGCACCAUGGUCCCCAUGAACAUCUCUUAGUUGGACCUACAUCUUUCCCCUAUUCAUCAAUAGCUUUCCGUAUGAGCUAUUGUUUUUGUAGUAAUAUCAAAGACUCAUACAGAAGCAUUUUUCAGUGGUUAUUUAUACGUUGUGGAGUGCAGCGGCUAAAAAACUGAGUUGUGUUACCAUUUGAAGGCUCUAAGCCAGCCACCAGAUACAGCCUCAAUUAUUCAUCUGGCAUGAACAGCACUGUCCAACUUAUCAGUCGAAUAACAGAGAUAAGUAAUCCUUUGACUCUUCAACAGCUGUAUAAAAUUUUAAGUAUACUAUUCCUUUUAAUCAUGAGAGUGAUUUUUACCAAUCAGCAGCAAUAAAUGUACAGUAAAACAUUCAAGAAUUUUGUAGAAAAUACUAUACAUUCUUUUUCUGUCUAGAUUUAGGAUAAGCAGACUUUCGAUUUGACUUUCACAAAUUUUUUGAAGAUUUCUUUCUCUGAUCCUCAAUAUGAUGACCAGCAUCUUUGGAUGGCAAAUGUAAUUUAAAUGUAUCUUUCUUGAAGCUAAUUACUAGCUAUGUUUCACAAUGGCUUUAAGAAAUCUACAGACUGAGCCCAGUAGAAACAUAGCUUAUUUGCUGGCAGACUGCAUUACCUACUUAUCUUUCUUCGGUAUAUUACAUGCUGUGAAUCAAGGUAGCAGUCUGAGCAGGCAAAUAUAUUCCCAGUCUGAGUAAUGUAUUUAAGAAGACAAGCAGUGCUGCAACUGAUCACAUUAUACACAUCAGCAUUACAGCAUUUAUUUGAGUAGAUAGAUCCAGGACAGAACUAUAAAUCAAUGGUAGAAGUGUGGAUAACAGAUAUGUACAUCACACAACAUAACUUGAAACCUUGAGGCAAGCCUGCUGAUUUUUAAGCUCUGCCUCUGUACCCUUGUCAGUGUCAAUUCCAUUUUAAGGCCUGUUGCUUUUCGUUUAUGGAAUAAUGAUGAGUAGAAGACCCAUUUUAUCUUCCCUCUUAGACAGAAGUAGCCUAGUCCUAAAACUCAGGGCAAGGUUGAAAAAAAUUGUUUUUAUAGAACAUGAACUCAUCUCUGAAAUGGAAUAGCAAAAUAGGAAUAGCAACAAUAUAGCAUGUUGUUUGGUACGUCCAUCUUUAUACCAAGGAUAAAAGGGCAGCAUAAAAACUUAAAAUCAGGCACAGGUCAUUCAUACGAGAUCAUUGUAUGUGUCUGAUGAUUAACCGUAUUUUUCUUGAUCUUCAGCUAAUAGCUGCUUACAUAACCCUGUAGUUGUUCCUUGUGGUUCAAGUGGGGAUAGUGCAGGCAUAUUUUGGUUGUGUGGGCAUUUCCUUCUAUUAAAUUGGUUGGAUAGCUUUUUAGACAAAUGGAGGUUAAAUCCACAUAAAACAACCAAUUUUUCUGGCUGAAUGUUGCUCCUCAUGGACUUAUUCCUCACUCGAAGCCAUUGGUUGAAGAUCAAUGGUUCAGACUAUUUAAAGUGAAGAAACUAUCAGUAUUACAUUUUGUAUUAUUGGUUAAAGACUUUGAACUUUAACUUUAGUCUGAUUGGAUCACAAUAUACUAGGCUGUUUCUUUAUGAAGAUAUUUUAAAAAUGUGGCAGUUUGUGACUUUGCUGCUAUUAUAGUUUAAUUCUUUAACUGUGUCUUUGAAAAAGAACAAGACAGCCAGAUGUAUCUUACUGGAAAAAUUAAUGCAACACUCUGUGACAACAGUGAAAAUGUAUAUUGUGGUUUUAGUAUUGACUUUAACUGACAAAUAUAUUAAUUCCUCAACUCCCUCUUUCUUAUCUUCUUUUUAUAAAGUACAGAUUGUGUGAUUGAUGUAGCUUUUUUAGAUAAGGUUAUGAUCUUUAUGGUGUCCUUAUCUGAUAGUUUUGAUUUUAAUUAAAAUUUCACUUCCUUGGCAGUUCCAUUUGGGCCUGCUAGGAUUCAGAUAAAUGCCUUUUGCUGGGCUGGAAAAGUUUAGUUGAGCUUGUAUAGCUUGUUGGAUUCCAUAUGAGUGUUUCAACAAACUAAAAUAAACCCAGAAGAAACAAAAAGAAGAAAUAAUAACCAAAUUAAAUAGACAAGGUAGAAUGAAGCAAAAAUGCCUGAUGUUCAUUUUUAUUCCCCCUCUGUGGCCUUUGCUGAUUAUCCCUUCUAAAAUAAUAACCAUCACUACCACAAUACAUCACCUUCUAACCCCUCAUUCUUUGAGCGGGCACUGAACAUAAUCAUUGGUAAGAAAUAUGAUUCUCUUGGGGCUGAGAGUAGAGCAUCUACAUCUUACUGAGAUGCUUGUUCCAUCUAUUACUGAGCAGUAACAGAAUGAAAGCAGACACUUGAUACUGGUUUAAACUUAGACCAAGACAUCCCUGCUAAAGCAGGAAAGAGGAGAAAAUGUACUUCAACGUACAAUUUGAGAGGAGAAUAUUGUUUCUUAACUUUUUGCACCUCGCAGUUGAAACCACAAGAAUAUUGCUUUAGGUUUAUGCUAGGAGUAGAUUUUGGUCUUGCAUUUGUUUUAUUGAACCAGGUUAAGGGAACAGGUUUGGUUUGAUUUUGAUCUCCCUUAUUGCUGUAUCUUCUAUGCAAUUCUUUUUCUAAAGAAUUACUAACAGAGCAAAGUGCUAGCCAUUGCAUUCUUUGUAUUGCUGUACAGUGGAGGUGUAGUUUACUAGUUCAGAGUGUGCCUCUGUCCCCUUCUCCCUUUUUCCUUCAGCCCUCUGUUUGUAAAUGCCUGCAUUUAUGCUGUCAGCCUGACAUGUACAAAGUGUAAGAAAGAAUUUUUAAACAGGUUAUAAAUUAUAUUUAUAAGCAA